UCCAACCCCUAAAUGCCACUUGUUGACGUCCCUCCAGCACUGGUGAUGCGUUUGAUGAUGAUGGCAGCAGCAGAAGAAGCAGGGUCAUCUUAACAACACCAUGCAAGGAAGAACAACCUUAUGGAGCGCGAUGCAACCUUGACGCUUGACAUGGAGAUAUAAGCUGCCUCUGCACCGGACACACACUUUAGUGAGCUUUCCAGCCACUCCUGGCUGCAGAGGACCAUAUUGGACUUUUUUGUGCGUCAAGUUUAUGCAGGCAGGAGGACCGAGCUGGAGCUGAGAUGAAAUGUGUAGCACUAUUGAGUGAUGGCAACACAAACAAGACACACACAAGAAGGAGGCUGCGCGUCGGACCGGCGGGACUGCUUCAUCCCAAAGCCUCUGUUGCUUUCCUUUCCUCGGGACGUGCGUGCGUAAAAGGACUUCUCUGCUUGCCGGGGUUCCCCGAUUGAUUGCUUUUACCAACAAGGAAGGGUAACACCUAAGUGAAGAUGCAUCCCCAAGAUCCACGGCCCAAGCAUUGACCGACCUCCAAGCUGGAUCACAUCACCGUGACGGGCCCCACGUGGACUCCAACAAGCCCACCCGUGUAUCUGCCCAUCAUCACCUUCCUGCGCCGUGCCUUAUUGGAACGGCGGAGCCCAUUAAAGCGUUUGAUAGAUAUGAAGGUUUGGUGUUGAGGUGUUGUUGCUGCUUGGAGAUGAGAUAAGAGGAGUGGAGAGAAGAGGAACAAAAGUGCCUGUCUGACAUAAGCUGAAUACAAAUUAGGAUUCAUCUCUCUGCGCAAGCGGGGGCCCAAUCGAUGCUUGAAAACUGAAAUGGACAAAUAAGUCGGCUUCAAUUACAGCACCAUUAGCUCGGAACCGAAAUGAUGGGAUUAGGCGGUUGAUAUGAAGGAGAUGCUGCAGAACAAAGCAUGGGGAUUGAAGGGGAAUAACACCCCAGUUGCUGGUCCCUGCAAGAACUACAUCCCAGUGCAAGGCUUGUGUCCUGGGCGCAUGUCAUCGAUGAGGCUCUGCUGAAGCUUUAGAGGAUCACGAGCAAGAUGGAGGUGGACAACAGCUCGCUGGACUACUUCACCAGCAACGUCACAGAGAUUCCCGAGCCGACGACAGCCCCCUACUGGAGCGGCGCCACGCUUCUGGGCCUCCAGAUCUCGCUGUCCGUGGUCCUGGGCCUCGUCACCUUGGCCACGGUGCUGUCCAACGCCUUCGUCAUCGCCACCAUUUUCCUCACCCGGAAGCUGCACACGCCCGCCAACUUCCUGAUCGGCUCGCUGGCCGUCACCGACCUGCUGGUGUCCAUUUUGGUGAUGCCCAUUAGCAUCGUGUACACGGUGAGCAAGACCUGGUCGCUGGGGCAGAUCCUUUGUGACAUCUGGUUGUCGUCUGACAUCACCUUCUGCACGGCCUCCAUUCUCCACCUGUGCGUCAUUGCCCUGGACCGCUACUGGGCUAUCACGGAUGCGCUGGAGUACUCCAAGCGCCGCACCAUGCGGCGGGCCGGGAUCAUGGUCGGAGUAGUGUGGGUGAUCUCCAUAUCGAUUUCCAUGCCUCCGCUCUUCUGGCGGCAGGCCAAAGCCCACGAGGAGCUGACGGAGUGUUUGGUGAAUACAGAUCAGAUCUCGUACACCCUCUACUCCACUUUCGGAGCCUUCUAUGUUCCCACGGUGCUUCUCGUCAUCCUCUACGGGCGGAUAUACGUCGCCGCCCGUUCUCGCAUCUUUAAGAUGCCGACGUCAUCCGGGAAACGCUUCACAACCGCACAGCUCAUCCAGACCUCGGCGGGCUCAUCUCUCUGUUCUCUCAAUUCCUCCUCCAACCAGGAAGCGCACCUGCACUCCUCGGCCACGGGGAACGCCGGAGGAGGCGGGGGGUCGCCGCUCUUCAUGAACAGUGUGAAGGUGAAGCUAGCAGACAGCGUGCUGGAGAGGAAGCGCUUGUGCGCGGCUCGGGAGAGGAAAGCCACCAAGACGCUGGGCAUCAUCCUGGGAGCUUUCAUCAUCUGCUGGCUGCCCUUCUUUGUGGGCACGCUGGUCAUGGCCAUUUGCAAAGAGUGCUGGUUUCACCCCGUGCUUUUUGAUGUCUUCACCUGGCUGGGAUACCUCAACUCACUCAUCAACCCGGUGAUCUACACCGCUUUCAACGACGAAUUCAAACAGGCCUUUCAGAAACUCAUCAAGUUUAGACGCUUCUCCUGAAACUUUCUGGGGAAGAACUAGACCAUAAGGAAAAAUCCAACAAAAAAAUAGUUCAUCUAUUGUAAAUGUUCCAUCUGGUUGUGAACAUGCUGUUAUUUUUUUACAGGGACCAGCUCAGUGCCAUACCUCAGUUUACCAACAAAGACUUGCAUGCUGAAAAAUAAGAACAAUUGCAGUCACCUAUAAAGACUAUUCAUUUAAGCGCGACAUACACACGCGGCCACAAUAUUAGCGAUACCUGCAUAAUCGAAUGCAGACAUGUUUCAAGUGUAAGGCACCCGCGGACGUCAGGGGAAGGUGCGGCAGCUUGAAAGAAAAUAUCUGACUUGAAAUUUCACAAAGGCUUUUUAUGAGUCUUUUCCAUAAAGAGACGGUGACUUUUGAAAGUACAGUGGAAUCUCCAAAGUCAAACAUGACCCAUUCUGUGACGCUGGUUGACUUCCAUGUUGUCCUAAUUACAGAUUCAAUUCCAAAGUGUAAAGAGAUUGUAUAAUAAAACUAAAAGUAAAACGAACCCCCCUCUCACAGGUGCCUGACAGAUUCAUAAUGGAGUGAGAACAGGAAGGUGUUUGCUGGACAAUUCUGGCACCUCGUGCCAUUUUCUAGGUAUUGCUACAAUUAGUGUAAAGCAGCACUUCUCAAAUAGUGGGGCGAGCCCCCCCUGGGCUGGCCACGGUGAGGUGUCGGGGGGAGCAUGAGAGGCAUACAAAUUCAGAGAUGUGUACUCAUGCUUGAACAAUGCUGGUGCCAGCAACUCAUACAGUGGUUUGUACAGAAAAAUAAAUACAUGUGAGUGGGGGCUGGGGGGCGGGCAUGACAACAUUUCUGAAUUUCUGUCCCCUGGGGGCGUGACAGAAAAUAAUUGAAAACCACUGGCGUGAAAAGUUGUAUGUCUGCCUGUCAAAAAUGCUAAAGAAAAAGCAAAGCGUUGUUUUAGUCCUCUGUACACUCACAGAGCUGAAGUCUCAAUUGAUUUCCGGAUGAUGGUGUGAGCUCCCAAGUUUUGUUUGUACUUUGGAGGCCUUUUUUUCCCCCAGAAAGUUGAAUUGUACAACUUUUUUGUGACUUUGGAGGUUUCACUGUAUUCACUCGCCGGCCACAAUAUUAAGUACACCUGCUGUGCUCAAACUUUUCCAAAAUUGUGACGCAACAGAGCACAUAAGGGGAGGCAAAAAAAAAAAAGAUUCAAUAAGAAAAAAAAAUGAUGACUUGAAAUUGUGAAAAUCUUGCCAUGAGGUUUAAUUUUAGAUACAAAAAAAAAAAAAUGAGAGCACAUCAGGAUAGGUGCCGUAGCUUGAAAAAUGAACUAAAAUCAUGAGAUUUCUUGAAAGCCUUGUGAUGCAUAUAAAGUUAAAUAUGUUUCGAAAUAAUUUGUUUUUUUUCAGUCAUUUUUUCACAUUUUUCAGUCAGAAUUUUUUUUUUUUUUUUUUUUUUUACAUUGCUUCUGUUUUGGACCUCAUUGGAUAAUGCAAGUGUACCUAAUGAAGUGGCCUCUGAAGAGACAGGCUGGACACAAUCCAGUGGAAGGGUUAAAGCCAUCUAAUGUAUCCGUCUGUGUUGUACUGUAGGCUGCUGCUCCCGUUAUGUUUCUGUGGUACAGUAAAGUACUUACCCUAAACUAUCACUACAUUUGUCUCCAUAUAUAUACUCUCUCUAGUGUGUACUUGAGAGAGUGUGUGUGUGUGCGCGUGUGAGUGUGUUAAAGGUAGUUUAUGGAAAUAUAUGCAUGUGUUGGACGCGGGGACCAUUGUUGAGUGUUUGACAUUUAUAUAAGCUCACGAUUGCCUUGUUAUUACAUGAACCCUUUUUUUUUUUUUUUUUUUACAUUUGUUUACAAUUUUGCGAUGACAUGUUAGAAUAACAAAGAAAUGUACUUUACUGUUACAGAAUUACACCAACAAAGGUAGGGCGUCCAUUUGUACACAUCAGUCACGUGUUACUCAAUUUCAGAUGAGGGGCGUCCUUCAGUGGUCGGGUAUUUAUUUUUAUUUUUGCUUUUUUAAAAGUAUGUAAUUGUAUUUUUAGCGUUUUUAACAAAAUAUAAUUACGCCAACUUAAAAUAAUACAGUACAUACACUGUAAUAUGCAUCUGUGUGAAUGCUUUUUUUGUUUGAAUGAUAUAAAAUAAUUGUAUCCAUUCAUCUUCUAUGCUUCUUAUCCUAGGGUCACGGGUAUGCUGGAGCCUAUCCCAGCUGACUUCGGGCGAGAGGCGGGGUACACCCUGGACUGGCCGCCAGCCAAUCACAGGGCACAUAUAGACAAACAACCAUUCACACUCCCAUUCAUACCUGUCACCAACGUGGUGCCCGGGGGCACCAGGUAGCCCCCCCACGACCACAUGAGGUGCCCGCAAGCCUGCUUUUCAUUCAGGUUUUCAGUUAAUAAUGAAAGAACAGUAGAAAGAAAUGCAUUCUGAAAUACAACAUGUGAGUUGUGGACACCAGCAUUUUGUUCAUGUUCUGGUAAAACAAGCAUAUUC